UGCAAGUUUUGCUUGUAAAAUUCAUUCCAUUGCGUUUCCGUUGGCGGCGUCUUCGUUGAUAAAGAUAAGUUGCGUCUUGUUGUUCUACGGGCUUGUUAAAAGUGAUACGCGAUUGGUUAGUCUACUAAAAGUGUUGAUCGGUGUGAAAAACGAAAAAUGUCGAAGCUCUACGUGCUUUCGGAGCACGCGACCGGUUUCGGCGUUUUCAAGGUGAAGGAAUUUGAAGAAAUCGGCAUGAUAUUGCCGCAAAUCGAAGCGUCCAUAAACGACGUGGCGAGAUUCAACAGCAUCGUGCAGCUUGUGAGCUUCUCUCCAUUCAAAACAGCCCUGGCUGCGCUCGAAAACAUGAAUGCGAUUUCCGAAGGAAUACUGUCGGAUGAUUUGCACCAAUUCUUGGACAUCACUGUGCCCAAAGGCAAAAAAACGCUUUUGGGAGUCAUUGAUCCGAAAUUAGCGGCUGCUAUUACUGAAGCCAUUAAUGUGCAGUGUAGUCAUAUUGGUGUGGUUCCGGAGAUUGUGAGAGGUCUCCGAGCACAUUUCCAUCACUUGGUCAAGAAACUGAGCCCCAAAAGUGCCGAUGUUGCCCAACUCGGCCUGGGCCAUGCCUAUUCAAGAGCAAAAAUAAAGUUCAACGUGCACAGAGUCGACAAUAUGAUCAUUCAGUCAAUUGCCUUGCUUGAUCAACUGGACAAGGAUAUAAACACAUUUUCAAUGCGAAUAAGAGAAUGGUAUUCCUACCAUUUCCCAGAACUCGUUAAAAUCGUGCCAGAAAAUCGCACAUACGCCAAGUUGGUGAAUUUCAUCAAAAACCGCAAAGACCUCACCGACGAUUCGCUUGAAGGUUUGGAGGAGCUGACCAUGGACUCAGCGAAGGCUCAAGCCAUUUUGGAUGCUUCCCGAUCUAGCAUGGGAAUGGAUAUCAGCCCGAUUGAUUUGCUAAAUAUUGAAAUGUUCGCAUCCAAAGUCGUAUCGCUCUCCGAUUAUAGGAAGCAGCUGUCUGAAUAUCUCAACACCAAAAUGUCAGAUGUAGCUCCAAAUCUAGCAACACUGAUCGGUGAUCAAGUAGGAGCCAGGCUGAUUUCUCAUGCUGGCUCAUUAACGAACUUGGCUAAAUAUCCUGCCUCCACUGUGCAAAUCUUGGGUGCAGAGAAAGCUUUAUUCAGGGCAUUGAAGACAAAAGGUAAUACCCCCAAGUAUGGACUGCUUUUCCACUCGACAUUCAUCGGGAGAGCCGGCACUAAGAACAAAGGCCGCAUUUCCAGAUAUUUGGCAAACAAGUGCUCCAUAGCUUCCAGAAUCGACUGUUUUACUGAAACCCCGAAUCAAAUCUUCGGCGGAAAAUUGAAGCAGCAGGUUGAGGAUAGAUUAAAAUUUUAUGAAAACGGUGACAUACCCAAGAAAAACAUCGACGUGAUGCAAGAGGCUAUCGCGGAGGUGAAUCAGCUUAUGGUGUCUGAAAAGAAAAAGAAGAAAAAAAAUAAGCGCUCCGCUUCUGAGGCUUUGAAUGGCAAUGGAACUACAACUGGAGCAGACGCAGAUUUGGCCAGUCCCGACUUAGAACCGCCCAAGAAAAAGAAAAAGCGUUCCCUAGCAGCCACAGAAGACGUUGAGGACUGCGAAACGCCAAAAAAGAAAAAGGGAAAAUCGCUUGAUUCCGCAAAACUAGACGACAGUGCUUUAACUGACGGGGAUGGUGUUUCUGGAGGUUCCGAGAAAAAGAAGAAGAAGAAGAAAAGGAAAAGUGGGGCAGAUUUAAAUACGUCUAAUUAAUCGAUUGUAAUUGAUUACAAGCCUUUUAAAAAAUGUCCGUCUUAAUAUAUGUAGAGCUAGUUGAAA